CCGGGCCAGAGGCGCCUCACCAGGAUAACCGCUUUGGCUUCCUUUGCUGCCCACCCAGGUCUGUCACUACCAUCCCGUUGGCUUUGGGCCUUUGGGCUGAGAUUUGAGCUGGGGAAGGAGGUUGGAGCAGGGGACAGCUGAGUCCCAGCAUGGCCAGCCCUGGGGAGCCCACCAGGGCUGGAUUGGAGGAGGAGGAGGAAAGGAACCUGUCUAGGGAGGCUCCCAAUCCCUCAGGCUUGGCUGGGGACACUGAGACCAUGACAGAUUCAGGGGAAAUGCUGGAGAAGGCCCGUGAGCUCUUCCUCCUCUGUGAUAAGGAAGCCAAGGGUUUUAUCACCAAAAUGGACCUGCAGAGGCUGCAAAAUGAGCUCCCCCUGACUCCAGAUCAGCUAGAAUCUGUAUUUGAGAGUCUGGACCAAGGACACACGGGCUUCUUGACACCCCGAGAAUUCAGCAUGGGCUUGGGAGCAUUUGUGGGAGUGGACAUGCCUGGGGGCUUCCCCUCCUUGGAGUCCAAGGAGGAGACCUUUGAGUCUGGCUGGCCUGAUGGUUCAGGGCCCAGAGUGUCAGAGGAAGAAGAGGCUGCAGCAGAGGAGGACCGUUUCUGGGCCACCAUGGAGCAGCUGGGGGCGGCCCAUAUCCUGGGGGAGCAGUGUGAGGUGCGGGCUCUGUGGGCCCAGCUGCGGCAAGAGCACCCAGAGCUCCUGGGCAGCUUUGAAGAGGUACUGGUGCAGGUGUCCUCCUGCCUGGGGGAGGCAGCACGGGCAAGGGAGACCGUGGAGCAAGCCCUGUGGAGGAGAGAGAGUGACCACGAGAAGGAAGUUCGGUGUUUGUAUGAGGAAAUGGAGCAGCAGAUCUGUGCAGAACGGGAGCGACUGCAGAACCAGAACUCCUCCCGUCAAGACCGGGCCAGUCACAUCCUGCGAGAACUGCAGAGUAGGGACCAGGAGCUAGAUCGGGCCAACCGGAGGCAGAGAGAGUUAGAGCAGCAGCUGCAGCAGCGGACCUCGGAGCAGCUAGAGAUGCAGGUGCAGAAUGCCCAGCUGUGGCUGGCGAAUGAGGAGCUCCGGACACAGCUGGAGCAGAGCCGGGCCCAGCUGCGGGCAGCUCAGGAGCGGCUGCUGCGGCUGCAAGCAGAGGCUCAGGCUGAGAAGGAGCAGAAGCACAGGGACGUGGUCAUUGUGUCCAGAAACAUGCAGAAGGAGAAGCACAGCCUCCUCCGGCAACUGGAGCUGCUGAGGGACCUGAACAGAAGGUUGCGGGAUGAGAGAGAUGCCUUCGAGGCCAAGAAGCUGGUUAGUGGGUGGAAGAGGAAGACCGUAGCUCCUCCUGCCUGCCUCCCCCUGGGCACGUGCCAUAACUGCUGUGGCUGUGGCUGCCCCCAUCGGGCCCUUGACACUGGAACCUGACUGAGGCAGGCCGCAUCGGUUUCCUGCACACAGGCUAGCCUGGGGGCCACAGCAUGAGCGCCUUCCCUGCCCUAAUCUCCAUCUCACCCCAGGUCUCCCUGCAGAGGCCACUGCUGUGAAGCCAGGUCCAAAGCGGCCCAUUUGAUGGCAGCUGUAAUGGGAAUUCUAUCUCCUCCCCUUUGUGCUCCUACUCCUAGGGUGUGGGAGGGAUUGGGGAGGCCAAGAGAGACCGAAGGAAGGCUUGGCCAGGACACGGUAGGGCAGCCAGGCCUGGGUCAUGUGGCUGAAACCUCUCGUCCCCCCUAGCUCCUGGCCCAGGAAGCCACAGCUCUCCUGGUCCCAAACAAGAUGGAAUGAGGCCUGGGCCUCAACCCACAAGAUGAAGGAUUAAGCCCCAAGGACAUCGUUCCCUCUUCUGUCCUGAGUGGGACACCAAAGCACCCCACCUCCAAAUAAACCCACUGACUACA